AUGAUGCUCAAUAUUUCAAAGUCAACUGAUAAAAAAGAAUUAAAGCUGGCAAGUCUUCUGUGCUGGCAUAUAUGGAAGUCCCGUAACAAUGUUGUGCUCAAUUCUUCACGCCUUGAUCCUAGUGAUACUAUAAGAAAAGCUCAGAAUGCUCUUGAUGAACUGCUCAAUCUAGCUAUUCCACAACGGCAUUCUGAGAAUCGUCCUGGUAGACAGGUCAAUGUUGAUGCGUCUUUUGAUGGAGAAUCCUUUUAUGCUAUGUAUGGAGUGACUGUGAGGAAUGCAGAUGGCAUGUUGAUUGAUGGUUGUGUUGCAAAGUAUAUCAGUCAUUCUCCCCUUGCAGCUAAGGCUUAUGCUCUUAGAGCAGCAUGUCUUUUUAUUGCUAAUAGAGGUUUUUCUCCAGUCUCUGUUGAAACUGAUUCUCAGCAACUGGUUCUGUUACUCUCUUCUCAAGCUUCAAUUUGGCCUUGGGAUGUUAAGCCUUUCAUUCAUGACAUUAAGAGUUUCUUGUCAAUCUAUCCUUCCAGUGUAAUUAGAUAUAUUCCUAGAGCAGCAAACAAAUGUGCUGACUGGGUUGCCAAAAAUGCUAGAAUGGGAGAUUUUACAAGAUAG